GAAAGUGAUGAUGAAUUCAAACCGUGAAAACCCAAACCAGUCUGUAUGAUUGAAACAAAAAACUCCACGAUAGUUAUCAAACGUGAGAUGAAGAUGCAAAGUAGCGAACGCGGUCUGAAAUCUGAUAAAAUCGGGAAAGGAACUACAUUCGUCAGUCUUCAAACCCAAACCUUAGUUGUUUUUUUCCAUCCGCGGAAGGUUGUAUUUCUGUCGGAUAGAAAUUCUUGUAACUAAAGACAACAUUACGAAUACGAAAAAUUCGUAUACUACCGCCGCGGUGCUAGUUUUUUCUUCUCGUGUGUCCGCUUGUGCAGUAGAACAAGGUUGUUGAUCGUGUUUUGACGUCGGCAGAGCCUUCCGGAUCAUUUCUUGGUUUUCGCAGAACAGACACGCGGCACCGUCAUUUUCGGGGAAUAAAAGAGAAGAUCACAUAAGGAGAAAUAUUUCUCACCCGUCGACCAUGGUAGAGCAGGUAGCUUCUUCGCCGAGCACUUCCAGCUCGGAAACCAGUGCGGAAAUAUCAACGGCAAAUAUGUCUGGGUCAGGAAGACUGCGAGGUUUGUGAUGCUGGUCUGGCAUGACUCUGGACUGUGUGUUGCGUGGCCACGACCAGCUCCCUCUGUCUGUUAUGCAAGAACGCAGCUCCUCAUGCGGAAUACGCAAUACAGCGCGACGAAAAAACCUGUCAUGCUUGGCGGUGCAUUACAGAGUGCUUAGUAUUCACUGACUUGCAUUACAACUUUCCAGACCCAGACAUAUUUGCAAUGCAUAAAAAACUCGGUUCGCGUAUUCGAUCGUCGUGUCCAAUCUACCUCCGGUCAGCACAUAUCCUGUGCAAAAGUAUCGUACUCGUAUUGCGAUCAUGCAUUACAAAUCUUUUUCUUCAGGUAAAUCCGCAUUACAAAUUUUAUUUCAUGCUUAGGAAAUUUGUAAUGCAUGACGUGGCCUAGGUACGCACAUACGACUCGGCGCGCCAAAUCGUAUGUGGGGCGUUACAAUUUUCGCGCUUUUUUCAUCGAGAAAACCCGCCAAAAAGCAGCACCGAGCCCGGUGCGGUUUGUAACGUAUGGCAGCACCGAGCCCGCCAAAGUAUGUCUUUUUGCCCACCUACAAAAUUCGUAUGGUAGCGGCGCGCCUUCACAAUACAUUUUGGCGCACCGAGGCGGCGCGCAGAAACUUCGCUGGGAAGCGCCCGCCUUUGAAACAUUAUGCGCCUUCGCUGUGUACUUGCUUCUGUCAUUCCUCGCGCCCGCAUGAUGUACGCCCGCGCGCGCCUUUGCCCAUCGCAUGCGCGACGCGCCGCGCAAGUCGGUGGCCCCAGACUAGUUUCGCACGCCUGUCCCUGGUGACGCGGGCGCCUUCGCCUGCUGCGUUUUUUACUUUGCCCUCGAACGCGGGCCAAGGUCCGGGCUUUGCUUUUCUACCCGCCAACAAGGCACGCGCGCGUGGUCUCGCGACUUAGCCGACGGGCCCCCCCCCCCCCCCCCCGUGUUCCGCCCGUCUGCUGCUUCGUUCGUGACUACAAGUUGGCGCACCGAGGCCGUCAGCCUCGGUGCACCGAGGCGGCAAUUCCGAAAAACUUGCAUUUUUGGCCUCGGUGCGCCAUUUCGUAUGUGCGCCCUGAAGAAACUUCUUCUAGCCUCGGCGCGCCAACUUGUAGUGGCGUACCGAGGCCACGACACUACCGAGGCGACGUCAUGCAUUUAUACGAGUACGAUACUUUUGCAGUUCAUAGCACAAGGGCCGAGCUGAAAACAUACUUCGGGGAAAAGUACAACUUUCGUUUUGCGUCUGUUUUAUUUGUCAUGCAGUUUUACGCAUGCAUGGAGAUAAACUGUGAUUGUGAUGCGAGUUUGACAAUUCAGAAUUUUCCAUCAAAAAUGACCACUCCAGAUGCGGUCCGGUGUACGGUGUGAACUUUGUUCCUGGCGUCAAUCACGCAGUCGCAGUGGUUGAAUUUGGGCGACAGGACUCGCUGAAGGCUGCUCUCCUCCUCGAGGGGAAACAGGCGUUGUUCAAGAUGCAACCCAUUGCGAUCCGGGCGAGCAGCGAAAUCCGGAAGGAGCUGCACCUGAAAAAAACCCAGUUAUCCACCGUGGAAGAGGAGGAGGAGGAACAGGACACCGGCGGGAACACGGGGUGCAGCGCCGCCAGCGGGCAAAGUGACGAACUCGAAGGGGGCAUGUCCUCCUCCAGAUGCAACUUAUGCAUUGCAAAAGUAUCGCACUCGUAUAAAUGCAUUUGUCACAUUACAGAUUUCCUUCGCAUGAAAAAUAAAAUUUGUAAUGCUGCUUUACCUUAAGAAAAAGAUUUGUAUUGCAUGAUUGCAAUACGAGUACGAUGCUUUUGCACUGCAUACAACUCAACGAGGUGCAAUUCCGGGGACAACAUUUCUUCGUCCGAGAACGAGCAGCCGGUGAACAAUCAUAUGCACCAUCAUCCGCAGAACGCCGCCCAUACGCCGCCACUGUACACACCGAGGGGGCCAGUGUAUAACCAUGCAUCAUCUAACGGAGGCGAAAUGGUGGAUCACCAACAGCAGCAGCAGCAAGUCGCUAACUACCAAUCGAACAGUAGCACUACCGCGCCAAAUGAAUACUCGACUUUUCCGCAAGGCGGGGGUGGUGGCAACGGCCAGAUGGUGGCGCAGCAAGCGCAGCAGAAUGGAGGAACUCCGGUCUUGCAGCAGCAGCAACUGAUUCUAACACCGGAACAACAGCAACAUGCGGUAGCGCAGCAGCAACAACAGUUUCAACAAAUUCCGCAGCACGCGGUAAUCGCUGCACCCCCAGGGGUACAUCAGCCAGGAGGAUUACAACCGGGAAUGAUGGUGCAGCAGCACCAGCCCCCACCGUACGUAGCGGCUCCACCCGGGUACGCAACAAACUUUGCCGUGCCGCCGGGGACGAUGGGAGGACACCAACCCGGGGCUGCGCCAACUGCAGGCCCGUACCAUCAUCCCUACGGGAAUUUCCCGCCACAUCAACAGCAUCCGGGGUUGUUGCCGCACCACCCGGCGGCGCACAUGGUCGGCGCGGCAAUUUCCCCAACCACGGGACAGCAGCAGCUGCCACCACCCGGUGCACAUCACGGCAUGCCGGGUCAUCCGCAGCACCCGAUGGCAGUCGGAGGUGUUCCGCCACCCGGUGCUAUGUUGCACCACCACCCGAUGCAGGCUCCGCCGGGAAUGAUGGGUGCAGCGGUCCCACCGGGUGGUCACCUUCCGCACCAACAGCAUCACCCCGGUAGUUUCAUCCCAGGAGCCGCACCGCACCCGCAUGCGCAUCACCAAAUGACUUUACCCGGGAUUGUCCCGCCCCCAACCGGUCAACAUCUCCCGGCGGGUGCAGCAGCUGCGCAUUUUCCGGGUCCCCAGAACCCAAAUCCAGCGGGGUUGCUACUUGAUCCGAAAAAGGUCGCUUCCGCGGUGGAAAAAGCCGGGAAGUUAGUGGAGAAACAGGAAAAGAAGAAGAAAAAAGAGAAAAAGGCGAAAAAGGAGGAUAUGCUGGUGGGAAAGGCGAGUAAGUACCAUUCCAGCAGCAGUGGUGCGCAGGCGACUGCAACGGCCGCCGGGGUGAAGAAAUGAGUUGAGGGAGGGUUUUGAAUUAUGCAAAAAUUUUUUCCGCAAUUGCAAAUUAAGUUGUAAAUUCUGAGAUGCCGAUUCGAGUAUUUUUUCAAUAUUUUCUGAUCACAUUUUUUAUUAACUUUUUUAAACAGCAUGGCGUGCUGAGUGUUUCAAAAAACGAUUUCCGGUAUGAUAGAUUCAAAAUUGUAUUGUCAAACUGUUGAAUUGUCGAAUUGCCGAAGCUAGAAAAGUUUCCUAGAAAAUUUCCUAGACCAGUAUUAGAUCUAUCACAAGCUGCAUUUCAAUCAGAGAGGCGAAAGCUUAUUUACGCCACUAUAAUAAUUUUAGCCGAGAGGUUAGGUCGGUUCCGGUUGCGAACAGACAGUGCAGCUCGUCGCCAGAGAGGACGAGGUUGUUGAGGCGUUUACUUUGACAUAUAUGUCCUCUCUAUUCUUUUGAACUAUCCUGUUGUCGUGAUUUUUUUCUUCUGCCUAGCAGCUAAAAUGUUGUUCGAUUUUUAGAAGAACUCUGUCGAUUUUGGUCCCCCUUGCUUGCAUCACAGCUACCUCCGUGCACUUUCAAAAAGCAAACUGCGAAACUGAUUUUUUUGAAUAGCCGAGCGGAUUUUGAUUUUCAUGUUUUGGAAACGAAAAU